CUGCGCUUCAGGUUGGAAGCGGUGCGAUCAUGGCCGAGCGAGUCCAGCAGCCCCCAGCCAAGCGGCUCUGCUGCCGGCCCGGCUACAACCCGGCAUGCAGGCAGGGGCAGCGGGCUGGAGGAGUCCUGUGUGGCGGAGCGGGGUCCGCUCCAGGAGGGUCGGGAAAAACGCACAACCCCGAGUCGCUGCUCGACAUCGCGGCGCGCAGAGUCGCGGAGAAGUGGCCGUUCCAGAGGGUGGAGGAGCGGUUCGAGAGGAUCCCAGAGCCCGUCCAGCGGAGGAUCGUAUACUGGUCAUUCCCGAGAAGCGAGAAGGAGAUCUGUAUGUAUUCCUCUUUUAACGCCGGAGGAGAGGAAAGUGGGACUAGCGGGGACAAUAAUGACGAGACCCAGCUGCCUUUCCUACGGGGUGUCACUCUCCUAGAGGGUGGCUGGGUGGACAACGUAUUGCAAGUCGGUUUCCAUCUGAGCGGCACAGUGACAGACCCGGCCACGCCCUCGUCCCCGGAGCUCGUAUGCAGCGUCAGUGUCAGCUUUGACCGCUGCAAGAUCACGGCAGUAACAUGCACCUGCGGCAACAAAGACAUCUUCUACUGCGCCCACGUGGUGGCGCUCUCCCUUUAUCGUGUACGGAAGCCCGAGCAGGUCAAACUCCACCUGCCCAUCUCAGAGACCCUGUUCCAGAUGAGUAGGGACCAGCUGCAGAAGUUUGUCCAGUACCUGAUAUCGGUGCACCACACCGAGGUGCUGCCCACCGCGCAGAAACUGGCCGACGAGAUCCUGUCGCAGAACUCGGAGAUCAACCAGGUCCAUGGAGCCCCGGACCCUACAGCAGGAGCAAGUGUGGACGACGAGAACUGCUGGCAUCUGGAUGAGGAGCAGGUUCAGGAGCAGGUCAAACUCUUCCUGUCCCAGGGAGGAUACCACGGCUCGGGCAAGCAGCUCAACCUGCUCUUCAGCAAGGUGAGGGAGAUGUUGAAGAUGCGCGACUCCAACGGAGCGAGGAUGUUAACACUGAUCACAGAACAGUUCAUGGCCGAUCCUCGCUUGGCACUGUGGAGACAGCAAGGCACCACCAUGACCGACAAGUACAGACAGCUCUGGGAUGAGCUGGGUGCCCUGUGGAUGUGCAUCGUACUGAACCCGCACUGCAAGCCAGAGCAGAAGUCGUCGUGGCUGCGCCAGCUGCGCAGGUGGAACAGUGUGGACGUCUGCCCCUGGGAGGACGGUAACCACGGCAACGAGCUGCCCAACCUCACCCACUCACUGCCUCAGGGUGCCCAUGGCAACCAAGAGCUGCGCCCUCACAGGACCGUGUUCACGCGGGCCAUCGAGGCCUGUGACCUGCACUGGCAGGAUCGACACCUCCAGCACAUUAUUGCCAGUGACCUCUAUGCCAACUACUGUUACCACGACAACCAAGAGGGCUCCCUCUUCGAUUCACGCGGCUGGCCCAUGUGGCAUGAACAUGUCCCAACAGCCUGUGCCAGGGUGGAUGCCCUGCGUUCUCAUGGUUACCCUAGAGAAGCACUCCGAUUGGCCAUCGCUGUGGUGAAUACGUUACGGCGACAACAGCAGAGGCAACUGGAGCACUUCCGCCGACACAAGAAAGAGCUGCUCCAUAAAGGCCACACUUCGACUACCAACAUGGAGGGCUGGGUGGGACACCCCCUGGAUCCUAUCGGGACCCUGUUCAGCACCCUGACAGAGUCGGGAAGGGUGGGAGAGGAGGGCCCCAACACCUGCCUAGACCUCUCAGACUGCUCCAGUGUGGUGAGCCGUGCCGACCUCCAGCGAUUGCCCGUGCAGCGAUUGCUGGGAGACGGCGAAUCGUACGUGGCGCUGGCAGUGGAGACGGCUCUGAUUGGCUUAGGCCAGCAGAGGGUGAUGCCUGAUGGGCUGUACGCUCAAGAGAAGGUGUGUCGCAAUGAAGAGCAGCUAUUGGCCAAGCUGCAGGAAGUGGAACUGGACGACUCCCUGGUCAAAAUCUUCCGUAAACAAGCCGUCUUUCUGUUAGAGGGUGGUCCGUACUCUGGUCUGGGAGAGAUCGUCCACAGAGAAAGUGUUCCCAUGCACACCUUCGCCCGCUAUCUCUUCACCUCUCUCCUACCUCAUGACGCUGAACUGGCGUACAAGAUUGCACUGAGAGCCAUGCGGUUGCCGGUGUUGGAGUCGACGGCCUCGUCCGGUGACCUGUCGCGGCCCCACCACAUCGUGUCCGUGGUGCCCAACCGCUACCCACGCUGGUUCACCCUCAGCCACAUAGAAUCCCAGCAGUGUGAGCUGGCCUCCACCAUGCUCACUGCUGCCAAAGGUGACAGUCGCAGGCUGGAGACAGUCCUGGAGUCCAUCCAGAAGAACAUUCACUCCUCGUCUCACAUCUUCAAACUGGCACAGGACGCCUUCAAGAUCGCCACGCUGAUGGACAGCCUGCCUGACAUCACACUUCUCAAAGUCUCCCUGGAGCUGGGACUGCAGGUGAUGAGGAUAACUCUGUCCACGUUAAACUGGAGGAGAAGAGAGAUGGUGCGCUGGUUAGUCACAUGUGCCACUGAAGUGGGUGUGUACGCACUGGACAGCAUCAUGCAGAGCUGGUUCACCCUCUUCACCCCCACAGAGGCCACCAGUAUCGUGGCCACCACUGUCAUGUCCAACAGCACUAUCGUCCGCCUCCACCUGGACUGCCACCAGCAGGAGAACCUGGCCUCCUCUGCCCGGACCCUCGCCCUGCAGUGUGCCAUGAAGGACCCCCAGAACUGCGCCCUCUCCGCUCUCACCCUCUGCGAAAAGGACCACAUCGCCUUCGAGACAGCCUACCAGAUUGUACUGGAUGCAGCAGCGACAGGGAUGAGCUACACACAGCUGUUCACCAUCGCGCGCUACAUGGAGCACCGCGGCUAUCCCAUGAGGGCGUAUAAGCUGGCGACGUUAGCCAUGGCUCAUCUGAACCUCAGUUACAACCAGGACACGCACCCGGCCAUCAACGACGUGCUGUGGGCCUGCGCGCUCAGCCACUCGCUGGGGAAGAACGAGCUGGCCGCCGUCAUCCCCCUGGUGGUUAAGAGCGUGAAGUGCGCCACCGUGCUGUCAGACAUUUUGCGGCGGUGCACGCUGACCACGCCGGGCAUGGUGUCGGCACUGCAUAGCCGCAGGAACUCUGGGAAGCUGAUGUCCCUGGACAAGGCGCCACUCAGGCAGCUGCUGGACGCCACCAUCGGGGCCUACAUCAACACCACACACUCGCGGCUCACACACAUCAGCCCGCGCCAUUACAGCGAGUUCAUCGAGUUCCUGGGAAAGGCCAGGGAGACGUUCAUGAUGGCCCACGACGGACACAUUCAGUUCACCCAGUUCAUAGACAACCUGAAACAGAUCUACAAGGGCAAAAAGAAACUCAUGAUGCUGGUGAGGGAGAGGUUUGGCUGAGGCUGAGCGAGGAGGCUGCCAAAAGCUCCCUCCUGCUCUAGAACUUUUCUAUUAACUUGAGUCUGCCUUUUGAACUUCUUCGGACUUAAAAAAAAAAAUAGACAAGUAAAAAGAGGGAUGUGACUUGUAGGAUGAAGCAAAAAGAGAAAGGAAAAGAUGACAAAAAAUCAACAGAGCCACACGCGGUAUUAUUGUUCUUGCUGUUGUUAUUGUUAUAAACAUUAUUCCUAUUAUUAUUAUUAUUAUUAUUAAUAAUAAUUAUUAUUAUUACUACUAUGUGUACAGAAGUGUUUUUAUUUUUCAGAAGAGAGGAAAUUUGUCAUGUUGUGAAUGUUGUGUGUAUUUCUCUACAUGUGUGUGAGAGGAAAAAGAGAAGUGAAAUGGCUUUUUUUUUAUUUUUCUUUAUGUUUAUGAUUUUAAGCAUCUUUCUUCCCUUUUACAGUUUAUAUUGAGUUAUAUGUUGUCAAGUGGCUGAAGCCCUUCUACGAUAGCGCUCAUGGAAAAAAAAGGAAAAAAAAAAUAAUCAAAAAACGUCUCGGCAUCCUCAAAGAGAAACUAAGGCUUUAAACCACACAGAGCACCUCCCUCUGUCCAGGCCCGCACCACGGGGCGCUGGUCAGCACUGCACAGCUCGGCUCGGCUUGGCUCGGCUCGGCACAGCUUGGGUUAGCACCGACAGAAAGCCUCAGUCAGCAUUUCUCCAGACACAGCAGUAGCAGCAGCAGCACUUGAGCAGCCAUUAGUUUUCUCUGGGUCCCAGGCAUUAGCUUCAUUACACACAACAAUGCUCUUAGCUAACUCUUGUUGUUGUUAUUGUUGUAAUUUCACCCACCUCCAUAUUGAGUACCUGUCUUAGACUGAGGACAGUAUGCAGGCUCUACAGUAAUACCUUUGAGCCUUUCCUUCACCGUUUCACAUUAGACAAAGAUAAUGAGUAUUAUCGGUACAUUAAUAUAAUGUAUCAUAGCUCUGAAUUUCACAGCCAGGUGCAGCCCCAAUCUGACUAAAUAAGCGAUAAAAAAAAAAAAACUUUUGUUGUGUAGUUGAUACAGAUAAACUAUACCUGGAGGGAAAAGGCUACCUCAUAAUGCGGUAUUGUACCUGCUCCCGAUUUGUUUAUGCUAUCAUAAUAUUUAUCAUCUCUGAUAGCUGACAGUGUUAAUUAACCAGAGGAGAUCCACUAGUGAGACCGAGCAUCUGAGGAGAUGCAGAGAAAAGUCAAAUUCCUGCUGACUGCCUCUGCGUUCGGCUCUGCUGUACAUCACUGCCCUCACAAGACAGCAAUGGUACUUUACAACAGAAAUUGGCUGUAACACACUCAGAAGAUGUGUCAGUAUGUCACUUCUCACCAUCUCUAUCGUUACCAUUGUACCGGAUCACGGUGUUUUCACAAUAGGCCAGUGUCAUUUCCCUCUGUGCAUGUGAAUCAUAGAAAAUUAGACUUCUACUGUUAUAGUUCAUUGUGUGGAAACCUUCAGUAAUUGUCACCAGAAUGUUCUCAGGGAUUUCUCUACACAGGAAAAAAGGCGGAACAAAUGAACGACUGACUACAGGAAAAGACAAAACGUGACACAACAUGAGCGAGCAUUUAUUGUACUCUGUAUAUAUGCCAUAGUAUAUGUCUGAAUAUGGAGGAUCUGAAAGUAUAUGUUAACUAAUUUAUACAGAGUAUUCUAUGUAAUGUGAAAUACUUGAAGCCGCUGUAGUUUGCUCUUUCUCUCUCUCUCUGUCUCUUUCUCUCUCUCUCUCUCUCUCUUCUACUUCUUUUUCUCUCUCUUUUUGUCUUCUCUUUGUCCUUUUCUUUUGUUAGAAACAGAGCAUAUCUGAAGGAGUAGACUGACCUUGUCGACGGGUUUUUUGGACUCGCAAGGCAUGUGUUGAUACAAGAGACACUGGAGCCUGUCAGAAAUACAGGUCGAGUCAAGUUGGUGAUGUUGGUACAGAAAAACAAUGUUGUCUUACUUCAUUCCAACUCACUAAAGCAUAAAAGGAGAGGAAGGUAGACUGCUGCAGCCCUUUAGAAAACAAUGCAGGAUUUCUUGAGCAACUUAAUUAUGCCCCUACGCUAAUUUUCCACUAGAGCCUCCGGGAAAAAAAAACUAUGAUGUGCUUUAGUUAAUGGGCUAAUUGGCAGUAGAUGCAGUCAAAAAUCAUGUAGUGUGCAUCCAGCCUUACAUGGAUUUGAUGACGCCUCGUGGUGGAAGUCUGCUUCAUGACCCAUAUAACCCGUGUCAGAGCAGCGUGAUAGUCGUAUAACUCUGUGUGUGGAUCAACAAGACUUUCACACUGGUGUCUUUAUGCACGGGUUCAACCUAGCCAGGAUAAAAAAUUUGUCUGCUCCCUUCUUCCAUCACCACAGAAUGACCAGUGUCUCUUCUGCAGUGUCCAACUGUUAUAUCAUGACUUGCCUUUUUACCUUCUUUUACAUGCAGUUUUUUUUUUCUGUGCAUUUUCUUUCUAUCUUGUGUUCAUUAAAGAUAAAAGCAGCCUUUUCUCUUGCCUUGUCUUAACGCUUUAAAGUAAC